AACUGAACUCCAGCUCUGUCUGUCUGUCUGAAACUCUCAGUUCAGGACAGCUGCCUAAAUAAGCUCCUAUAUGCAGACUGUCACGUGCUUUUUCAUCAUUACCAGGACAGCCUCCCGCAGGCUGACAGGAAGAGUCAUUCUCCGAACUCAGAGUUUGCUAGGAGAGGGGGUCUUUGGGGGAAUAUCCUGAACGUGGCCUGAGCUCACUGUAUUUUUACGCAUGACGUUCCUCUGGACAGCGGACUUGUGGAUUUCUAUCGAAAUGAUGGAUAUUUGACAAACACUUUGAGGUGUGAGCUACCCCGCGAGAAGCUGCAACCUGUUUACCGGAGGAUGGAGACACGGAGCAGUCUGAGUGAGGCUUUACGGCUCCGCUGCCGUAUCACAGGCAGAGAUGAACACAUCUGACAUCCAAGUCAACGCGCCUCUGCCUCAUGAAGCAUGUUAGCACAGGCUGAGCCAGGGGUAGACAUAAUGUGGGAGAAGUCUCACCUGAUUUAGGGGAGCUCGGCGCGAGUGUAAACGCCGUGGCUUCUUCAUUUAGUCAUUUGUUGAACGCUGGACAGCACCCAUCCAUCCAGACACCACGCAAGGGAUGUGGGGAACCCAGAAAACAGGGCUCUUUGACAUUCUCUCUGUGCCGCUGGUCGUGGCAGUGAUGUGCUGUGCCCAGAGCGUCAACGAACCGGGGAACAUGUCUUUUGUCAAAGAGACUGUGGAUAAGCUGUUGAAAGGAUAUGAUAUUCGUCUCCGGCCAGACUUUGGAGGUCCACCGGUUGCUGUUGGCAUGAGUAUAGACGUGGCCAGUAUAGACAUGGUGUCAGAAGUCAACAUGGACUACACGUUGACCAUGUACUUCCAGCAGUAUUGGAGAGAUAAGAGGCUGGCGUAUGCAGGGAUCCCUCUCAACCUGACACUGGACAACAGAGUAGCAGACCAGCUCUGGGUGCCCGACACUUAUUUCCUCAAUGACAAGAAGUCCUUUGUGCAUGGUGUCACCGUUAAGAACCGUAUGAUUAGACUCCACCCAGAUGGCACUGUUCUCUACGGCCUCAGAAUCACAACAACAGCAGCCUGCAUGAUGGAUCUGAGGAGAUACCCGCUGGACGAACAGAACUGCACCCUGGAAAUUGAGAGCUAUGGUUACACAACAGAUGAUAUCGAGUUCUACUGGAAAGGAGGAGACACCGCAGUGACUGGGGUGACGCGCAUCGAGCUCCCCCAGUUCUCCAUAGUCGACUACAAACUGGUCUCCAGGAAUGUGGUCUUUUCCACAGGUGCCUAUCCUCGACUGUCUCUGAGCUUCAAGCUGAAGCGAAACAUCGGAUACUUCAUCCUACAGACGUACAUGCCCUCCAUCCUCAUCACCAUCCUAUCUUGGGUGUCGUUCUGGAUAAAUUAUGAUGCCUCGGCUGCCAGAGUUGCAUUAGGGAUCACCACUGUCCUGACCAUGACAACCAUCAACACCCAUCUGAGAGAGACCCUGCCUAAGAUCCCCUACGUCAAAGCUAUCGACAUGUACCUGAUGGGCUGCUUCGUGUUCGUCUUCCUGGCUCUGCUAGAAUAUGCCUUCGUCAACUACAUCUUCUUUGGAAGAGGUCCUCAGAUGCAGAAAAAGCUGGCGGAGAGGGCACAGAAAGCAAAUAAUGACCGGAAUAAAUUUGACAGGCCCAAGUCCAUUCUGGAAGGAGGCAAUUGCAAGUCUUCGUCUGUUAAACAGUCCAAUCAGGUACAAGGGCGUCGUCACUCACGACGGGUCGACUCCCAGGGGAACAUUUUGCUGACAACCUUGGAGAUCCACAACGAGGUGGGAGGGAAUGAGAUCACAACCACCGUGAGCGAGACUCACAACUCAUCCUCCAUGGUGUUCGACAACUCCAGCACAGGGGUCCAGUACAGGAAGCCGAGCGGGCCGCGGGAGCCGGGACGCCUCAGUCUAGACAGGAACGCACAUCUAAAGAAGACCCGUCUGCGGAGACGAUCCUCGCAGCUCAAAAUCAAAAUCCCAGACCUCACUGAUGUGAACGCCAUCGACAGAUGGUCACGGAUAAUUUUCCCCUGCACCUUCUCCCUCUUCAACUUAAUCUACUGGCUUUAUUAUGUCAACUAAUGCACUGAUGUUUUUUAAAAAUCCAUCUCUAUCUCAUUCUUGUUUUUGAAUGAGAGAAGACAAUAUGGUAUAACCCUAAUGAACUUUUUUUUAUCAGAGCGAGUGCAGACUUUGAUGAGAGAACUGUCACUCAGACAGUGUUUAUCUGUCACAAGGAUUCUUCUCCAGGACAUGUAUUUUACAAAGACUGUCAUAUAAAUGACUCUGCUCUGACUUGUGGAGACCUGGGACAUUGUGCAGUAUCUCUUGGGUUGAAGCACGGACUAAACAGUUAUUUACACUGCUUUAAGUCAGUUGUUGUCACUCUGUUAUAAUGUAUUGCUAAUGACAAAACAACUGACAAUGAUUCAUAGUAUUAUUACAUUACAUUAUUCCCUAGUUUGAUAUGGGUAAAUAUGACUGUAUACACACAGGCCAAACUCUUGGUUUGCACUGGAACCACACUUAAAAGAAUAGUUCAGAAUUUUUGGAAAUACGCUUUUCUGCCAAGAGUGAGAUGGGAAGAUAGAUACAGUAUGUAAUAUGGCGCUACCUCCGUCAGGCGGUUAGCUUGGCUUAGCAUAAAGACUGGAAACAAAGGGGAAAUAGCUAUGUGUAUUUCCAAAAAUCUUUAAACUAUUCCUUUAAUUUGCCUUGGCGUUAAUACCACCAACUGUUCACUUGCUGUUUUGAAAAUGCACACUGGAACUGCUGUGACCGUGCUCCUAUGAUUAACAGGGGCUGAAACACUGUGUAAGGUUGUCAAAAGUUUAACUUGUAACUUGGAUUUCAAAGUCCAGUUUUGAUCUAUAAUAGAGAGGCUGAAUGAAUCCAUACCAGCAUUUUAUGAAAUCAUUAUUCUGUCAUUCUCUGCCUCUGUUUAAAAGAAUAUUUUGACUCUUUGGGGAAUGUACACAUUCACUUUCUAACUGACGGGUAGAUGAGAAGAUUGACACCACUCUCAUGUCUGUCUGUUGAAUAUGAAGAAAAAGCCAGGUGUCCAUUCGCUUAGCUUGGAUUAAAGACCAGAAACAUUGAGACACAGCUAGCAUGGCUGUUUUCAGAGUUUUAAAAAAAGCUAACUAAAAUUCUAUUUCACGUUUAUUUAAUCCAUACUCAUAUAGAAAUAUAAAACAAGUGGUUCAUAGGUGUUUACAUGCUUUAGCGAUUUCUUGGUUGGACACUCUGAAACAAAUAAAAUAUUGUGGUAUGUGUGGAUCUGUGAGCUUUAGAGGUUCAAGUAGGUGGAUUUUGUUAACUUUGGCCAGGCUAGCUGUUUCACCCUGUUUCCAGUCUUUAUGCUAAGCUAAGCUAACUAGCUGCUGGCUGUAGCUUCAUAUUUACAGUACAGGCAUUUGAAUCUUCUCAUCUAACGGUCAACAAAAAAGUGAAUGAGAAUAUUUACCAAUAUCAACCUAUUUCUUCAACAUUUAUGAUUACCCAUUUGCUAUUGUUUAUCAGUAUUCAAUAAGAUAUGUCAUAUAACCAACAACAAAUAAACAAUGUACGUGUCACAUGACAGUAGAAAAAAGGUUCCCAUGCUUUUGUAGUAAACAUGUACAAUACCUGACCAGUUUACACUAUUUCUUUCUUUUUUUGUCAUUGUGCUUUCAGGACUGCUGUCACAAUAUGUUACUAAUUUAUUCAAUACAGCAUAAUUCACAUGGCGAUUUCCUUUUUUCUUUCAGACUGCAUGUUGUAUUUGGGAAUGUGCACACACACGACUCAUGUCAGAUUUUCUCUUCACACACAGAUUUCUUGAUCCUCCCUGAAAUUUGAUGUACAUACUGUAACUGUGCACAUUUUUUCAGCUCAAAUUCAUUACAUGGCUAUGUUGUCAACAAUG